UGCUCAGUCCAACCGGUAAUAAGGUUAACGUUUAUUACAGGUGGGAUCUUGUGUACCCGUACAUUGUGACGAUCUGUCUUAUCUCCUCGGCUCCUUGGCGCCUUGGCUCCUUGAGAGGAACACGCCAGACUCCUGAGAGCAUCCACCCAAACAUCCAUACAUUCAACCGGCCAAAGAGAUAGCGCUGGCCGGUAGUUUGUGGGAUGAUGUGUUUGUUGAGAGCUUCACAAAGUGAUUUGAGAUCCUGGCCUCAUGUUGGAAACCGGAACGGCUGUAGCAAUCUUUACACUCUGAUAUACAUCUGUCUCUGGGUCCUAUAAUUUCCUUUGCCCAUCAAAUCUAUCCCCAUUCUUUCCAUGGUUUCCUUCCUCUAAGUUUGCAGGUUGCCGGUUCGCUUAGAGUCGAGGUUGCCGUAUCUCUGUAUGCAACCGCAUGUUGGUCCAUAGCUAGCUGGUUCUUGGCUGCAACCGCCAUCCACCAGGCUUUGUUUGUUUGGAUAUGCAGCGAAGUUAGCUACUAGUAGUAGACAAUUGAAGCGGUACAAUACAUCAUGCCUAACAGCAGGUGUCAGUGCUACAAGUACUCUUUCUAGCCAGCAUACAUACAUGUACAUGUAGUUGCUAUGGCCAUCACAGAGACGCAUACUAGUACGUGGUAAUAGAAAUUCGUUGAUGGCAAGCGUGGUCCUGGCAAACUCAGGACCAGACCGAACGUCGGUGUAAAACCUCUCAGUCUUGUGCCAAAAAAAUUUCAUGGGAGCGCAUCCUCGAGACGGAGCGACCCCAACAGCAAAGUCAUCAUCGUCAGCAUCAUUGCCUCAAAACAAAAAAGGAACCCACAAAACAACCGAUACUUACUCUUCUCUAUUCCAGUUUGCGUUGCUCAGCUGCGUUGUUGUUGUAGACAAUGGGUGAGAAGAGCAAGAAAACCAUGCGUCGCAAGAGCAAAACUGGCGGAAGUCAGACGGCGUCGGCGAAUGGAGACGAUGCAUCGGCGGUGUCCAAGUCGUCUAAGAAGUCAUUUAUGGGCAAGCUAAUGAAGGGAAAGUCGAAGCGGAAGAACAAGGUGUCUUCGUCUACGAAUGAGGAUACCACAGCCAUGAUCAACGAAAGCGCAGAAGCCGACAAACAGGCAGAAGUUCAAAAGGCAUUUUUGAAAAAUGGACAAGAAGCCAAAAAGCCAUACAUGCUCAAGAUUGCAUUGCUUUUGGUGGACGCCAAAACACGUCGAUUUGAGCUUCUGCAGCUGGAAUUUGAUUCUGACAAGGCAUUGGUUUCAGACGCCUUGUCGCAAAUUCCAAUCCAUGUAACCGAAAAGGUGUUGAGCAGUCAGACUUACACCGGGGUGUGCGGUGCCAGUGGAGUGGAACGAAAGCGAUCGGUCCCUUUGUUUGAUUUUUGCAAGGGCAACGAUGUGCUUGUGGCCAUCCCCUCGGGAACAUCGGCAGAAGAAUGUGCUCGAUUGGCCAAACCAAUUCUUAGUGAUGAAAAGGUUAUUGGAAUGCUUUCCACUAGUGGAAUCAAUGCGGACCCAUGGACGACAGCACCAAUUCCAACACCACGAGGUCCUUCCUCGAGGCGAUCAAGAGGGGGACCCAAGGUUGAGGAAGCACAGAAAGAGACCAGUGGAACGAGCACCAUGGUGUUUUACGCGGUCAUUAUUUUGCUCAGUGCUGCAGCCUUGGCUUACUGGUACCAUACAAAGGCAUCGGCAGCAGAAGUUGUCACUGAAGCAGGCGAACCGGCAGAAAAAUGGAGCGCACAAGUAGACAUGGAACCUGUUUGGUCGAGUUGCUACAGCAUGUGCGACGCAACUCGCGGUGUAUUCGAAACUUAUAUAGCUUCACCUCCCAAGAAGGGGUGAUUGGGAGGUUUGUUUCCGAGAAGAUAGCAGCAAGUGAUCGUGCAAGAGGAACGCAUCAAACAGCUGCCGAUUAUUAAUUAGGUCGAGUGCGCUCGCUCACACACUACGCCGAUACUUGGUUGAAUGAUGCUUUGGACGAGGACGUUGCAUAAAGAAAAAGUGGCAAUUGGAUCCGUUCUAUAAGCGCAUUCGAAUCAGUCCCUACAUUUGAUCAUUUUAAUGUUCUUUUUGUUUGAGUUGUUUACUAGUAUGAUCUGAUUCUUCCUCGGGUCUUCCGUCUUCAAUUGCAUGUCUCUCUGACCAUGCGAUUAUCAGGCAAAGUUGAAUGUCCUCGUCAAGCUGGCUUUUCAGCUGCAUUUUUGCGGAGCCAGAAAUUCGUACCCUGACCACCCCCAAGGUUGCUCCCA